AUGCAAUAAACAAAUUAAAGAAUGAGCCAAUACUUAAUAGAAAUAGCAUCACUCAAGUAUUAAUCUAUUUUACUAAUGCUUAAUUCAGGAGGACAUACCAUUGAUUUUGAAGGAAUCUUAACUCAAAGAUAGUCUGAAGAUAAAUUAUUGAUUGUACCAGAAGAAGUUAGUGCUCAAAUUCCUCCCAGAGUCCAAUUUGAGGUUCAUACCACUUAAAAUAAAGUUAAAAAACUAAAAACCAUAAAGAUGGCUAAAUUACCAACAAAAACAUAGUUUAUAUUGGAGUUAAGUGAAAAUAGUGAUUAUAGAGAAUUAUUAGCAUCUAUUGAGGAUUUGGAAAGGAAUGAAUUAAAAAAAGCUAAGUCACGAUUGCUUAAGAUUAUAACUAAUUCAAAGGAAGGAAUAAAAGAAGCUGAUACGAAAAUUGAAUAAAAAUAGUCUUCAGUAAUUUGCAUUUAAGCAUUUUACUAUUUGAGUAAAGUUUAGCAAUCAGAAGGACUUAUUGAAGAGGCAGUUGCAACAUAGAACAUGAUUUUAUAAAAUUUCGACAUAGCAGAUUUGCACAUAAAAGGAUAGUUAAUGUUGAGUUUAGGAAAUUUAUAUAGAAUUCUUCUUAAAUUUCAAGAGGCAGCAGAUAAGUUCUAUUAAGCUUUAAUUUUGUAUGAGAGACUCAACUGGAAAGUACAAUAAGCUGACUGUUUAUUAUAGUUAGGGAUCGUUUAUGCAUUAAUAAGUAGAUAUUCAUUAAUAUUCAGAUGAUUAUGAAUCAGCUAAAUUGAUUACCUAUGAAGCCUUAGAAAUCUAUAGGGAUAAUAUCAUAGAGAAUAAUAUUAAAGUUGGGAAGGCGUAUUAUGCUUUGGGAAAAAUCUUCUAUUAUUCCAAAGCAUUUGAAGUGGCUACUGAAUAUUUGUUGAAGAGUCUUAAAAUACAUACUGAUUUGUAUUUGUUAUAUAAUAUUUAGUUAUCAUAAUGAUUACGAUUUUAACUUUGUUUAAAUCUAUAAUCUACUUGGAAUAGUAUAUCAAAUAUAAAACUAACUAGAAAUUGCCAUAGAUUAUUAUACUUUGGCAGUCAGAUGUUAUAGAGGAACCUUUGAUGCCUAAUUAGGAUAGAUAUUAAAUAAUAUAGGAGUAGCAUAUCUUGGCUUGAAAAAAUUUGAGUUGGCAAGCGAUUUUUUUCAUAAUGCUGAUUAAGUUUACAGUAUUUACUUUGAGUAAACUAACAUAUUAAGAAAACGAGUCCAACUUAACCUUGA